GUAGCUCUGUGUUGUGCUGCUCCAGAGAAGCUGGCAGUGCAUGAAGCCUCAGCCUGUUCUGGGACAUAUGACUGGAUUACACUGCACAAAGGAUAUUCAGGAGAAUAUCAGCAGCUACUCUUCUGCACCUGUUCCAGUCAGCUCUUCUUCUCCAGUCUUUACUGAGCUCCAUCCUCUCAUGGCUAGCCCUGAGAACAACCCCUCCCUGGAAGACAGGGUGGAGGGCCAAUCAGGGCCUGUAGGACCAGCAAGCCUGCACAGGGCCUGGACCCACUUCCUCAAGGUGCUGUCAUAUUUCUCAGGAGACAUGGAGGUGUUUGGAAAAUGGAUGGAGAAACAGUUUUUUUUGCUGCAGCUCCUGGACUGGGUUCUGCGUGGAGCAGCACAAGUGAUGUUUGUUAACAACCCUCUGAGUGGCCUGGUCAUUUUUGCUGGCCUCAUCCUGCAAAAUUAUUGGUGGGCCCUCAACGGUUUCGUGGGGACACUCUUUGCAACAAUUUCUGCUCUCAUUUUGCAGCAAAGCAGGAGUGCAAUAGCUGCAGGACUUUAUGGAUACAACGGCAUCCUGGUGGGUCUCCUGAUGGCUGUGUUCUCCAAUGCAGGCGACUGGUACUGGUGGCUUCUGCUGCCCAACAUCUUCAUGUCCAUGAUGUGCCCGAUUGUGUCCAGUGCCCUGGCAUCUAUUAACACCCGCUGGGAUCUGCCGGUGUUCACGCUGCCAUUCAACAUCCUGGUGUGUCUCCACAUGGUCGCCACAGGCCAUUAUAACCACCAUUUCCCCCAAGUCCUCAUCCAGCCACGCUCAGAGCUGCCCAACAUCACCUGGUCUGAAAUCGACGUGGCAAAGCUGUUCAGGUCCAUACCAGUGGGAAUAGGACAGGUGUAUGGCUGCGACAACCCUUGGACAGGAGGGAUCUUCAUCAUCUCCCUCUUCAUCUCUUCACCCAUCACCUGUGUCCAUGCUGUCCUGGGAUCUGCUGUGGGAAUGGUGUCAGGUCUGGCUUUAUCAGCUCCUUUUGAGGACAUUUACUUUGGUCUCUGGGGAUACAACUGCGUCUUAGCCUGCAUCGCUGUAGGAGGGAUGUUUUACGCUCUCACCUGGCAGGUGCACCUGCUCGCCAUCACAUGUGCUUUUUUCUGCGCGUACCUUGGCUCUGCCAUCUCCAACGUCAUGUCCACGCUGGGUUUGCCGGCAUGCACCUGGCCUUUCUGCCUGUCUGCCCUCACCUUCCUCCUCCUAACGACGGGGACCAAGAGGAUAUUCAAGCUCCCGCUGGCCAAAGUCACCUACCCUGAGAAAAACCUGGCAUUCUACUGGAGGCUGAAGAAGCAGGAGAAGGCAGAGAAGGCGGCGAAAGAGAGUCAGGAGCAGCUGAACGCUGAGAUAACCCUGCAUGAGAAAAACCAAUUAAAACUGGAACUUCGACGAAUAGAGGAGGGGAGACAAGAAAGUGAAAACAACAACAGUACUGAAAUGGAUGAGGGCGUUAAUGUGGAAGGAACAAACAGAGAAGAUAAUUCCACCAAGGUUGUUCCUGGUGACUAUGUCUAAACAAUGUUCUUGGAAAUAGUGAAGAUGUGAAAAUAAGGAGUGAAAUGUUUGAAUAAUGUAAAAAUAUGUAGUUGUAAAUAUAUAUAUAUAUUUUAUUAUUCUGCUGUCAAUAUUCAUAUUCUUUUUUAAGAGUAAUGUUCAAUUUAGCAACCAGUACUUCUUGUAUACACUUGUCUUAAUGUGGGUGCUAAGCUUUUAUUUGCACUGUAAUUGUUUUUGGAACAAUAAAUUUUGGUGUUUUCAAAAACAGGGAAUUUCUGUCAGCAGGAUAACUAGCUGUGCACUCCACUAAGCUGGUCUUUCUGGAUGAGUGGCACAAGAAAAGCUGUUUUGUUUACAAAGCCAUAAAAAACAUUCAAACACUGUUUCUGAUAUGUGAAAUGUUAAGCGUGUAGGAAAUAUAAUGCUGUCUACUGUCACGAACGUACCACCCCGUUGAUAUUUUCACCACCACACUGGUGAAAAACUUAGAGGCUGCAAAAAGCUUAAGAUUAGGGGGAAGGUUCACUUUUCAGCAGAACUACACUCACCAGCCUCUUUAUUAGGUCCAACUUCUCAACCAAUUGGAUGGCAGCAACUCAAUGCAUUUAGGUGUGUACACAUGGCCAAGAUGAUCUGCUGCAGUUCAAAAAGAGCAUCGGAAUGGGGAACAAAGGUGACUUAAGUGACUUUGAAUGUGUCAUGGUUGUUGGUGCCAGAUGGGCUGUUCUGAGUAUUUCAUAAACUGCUGAUCUACUGGGAUUUACACGCACAAGUAUCUCUAGGGUUUACAGAGAAUGGUCCGAAGUUCUGGGGGCACAAAUGCCUUGCUGAAGCUAGAGGUCAGAGGAGAAUGGCCAGAUGUGUUUGAGCUGAUAGAACGGCAACAGUAACUCAAAUAACCGCUCGUUACAAUCAAUGCAGAAGAGCGUUUCUGAACGCACACCACAUGGAACGUUGAGGCGGCUGGGCUACAGCAGCAGAAGACCAACCGGGAGCCACUCCUGUCAGCUAAGAACAGGAAACUGAGGCUACAAUUCACACAGGCUCACCAAAAUUGGACAACAGAAGUUCGGGAAAAACACUGCCUGGUCUGAUGAGUCUUGAUUUCUGCUGCGACAUUUGGAUGGUACCGUCAGAAUUUGGCUUCAACAACAUGAAACAGAAGGGACAAAUGUCAAAUGAACCUUGUAUCAACGGUUCAGGCUGGUGGUGGUGAGGCAAUGGUGUGGGCAAUAUUUUUCUGGCACACUUUGGGCCCAUUAGUACCAAUUGUGUCAACGCCGCAGCCUACCUGAGUAUUGUUGCUGACCAUGCCCAUCCGUUUAUGACCACAGUGUACCCGUCUUCGGAUGGCUACUUCCAAAGGAUAGCGCACCAUGUCAUAAAGCAUGAAUCCUCUCAGACUGGUUUCUUGAACAAUGUGGUCACUCAACUUGAAUGGCCUCCACAGUCACCAGAUCUCAACCCAAUAGAGCACCUUUGGGAAAUGGUGGAAUGGGAGAUUCGCAUCAUGGAUGUGCAGCCGACAAAUCUGCAGCAACUGCAUGAUGCCGUGGUGUUAAUGUGGACCAGAGUCUCUGAGGAAUAUUUCUAGUACCUUAUUGAACCAAUGCCACAAAGGAUUAAGGCAGUUCUGAAGGCAAAAGGGGGUCCAAUCCAGUACAAGCAAUAUGUACCUAAUAAAGUGGCCGGUGAGUGUACGUCAGGAUGGUUUAGAUUAAAGCUUAUUCACUUGUUUGAAUGGCCCAGUCAAAGGGUAGAUACAGAUCAAGUUUUUAGAAUGAAGCACAUUAAGCUUUUAUUUGGUAAGAAUGAUUCACUCUUUUACCCUGAUGAAUUAUUUUUAUUGGUCUAUACUUUCCGUGAUGUUUGUGCUCGUUCAUUGAGAAUGAACCUGAAACUUUAAAUAUUUAAAUGUUUGUACUUCCCCAUUAAAUUUCUAUCACACCUAAAUCAGUUGAAGCUUUGGCUCUGCUCACAAAGAGAUACGUUUCUGCCUGGUUGCAACUAGUCGUCAUGAUGUGACUUUAAAGACAGAGUUACUUUAUGUUAUUAUAGGUUUAGUCACAAGAUGCAUCGCAAAUUUUUGAGAGGCCCCCAUGACUGCACAAAAACAUGUAAAUAAAUAUGACCCUGCUCACUGCAACACAAAGCAGAUUUGUCCGUUUACUAAUCUGGUUUAGGGGACUUGCACAACGAGUCUGAGAGAUUCCAGAGACUGUUGCAGUUCCUGAUUCAAAUGGUCAGAGAAUGGGAUUAAAUAUGAUCUGAGGCCCAGUACACUGAAAUACUGAAAUUAAAAAAAGCCUAACUCCAAAUUUGUUUCUUAAGCCCCUUUAGUGUUUUCAUUUUCUUAAUCAAAGAAUGCUUGUAUUACAGCAAGACACAAUUAAUAGACUCCUGACACUCAUGGAUAUCAGGAUACUCAUGGAUUAACUUGUUGGAUGUUUAAAGGUUUUCAUAUUUUUUUUAAAACUUUAACUUCAGUAUUAUUUUAUUUAGAUUUUAUGUGAUAGACGCUGAUCAGAGUACUGCCCAAUCCUGAAAUAUAAGGAAAAUUAUUAUUUUUAAAUUAUUGUUUUACAAUUAAAUUUUUAAAAAAACUGCCUGUGCCUGUAAAGUUCUUGCUGCUGGUGCUGCUGCAAGUCUUUGGAGGUAUGUCUCUUCCAGGUCUGCACAUAUAUCAUUCAUUUUUAAAAAAAAUAAUGUGUGGACAAUCACAUAACCUCUUCUAGUUUGUUGGUUUUGCUCAUGUAAAAUGAAUUUCCUCAUGGCUGAAUUUGAAGAUCAAAUCAAAAACUUUAGACUGCGUUUAUAACUGUGGUCAAUUUUGACCCUUUUUGCUCCCAUCAAGUCAGAGCAGACUGGAUUUGGCUUCAGUAGCUUCAAUUUGGUUAUUCACGCUGUUAAUACACAGUCAAAAGAAAAAGUAAGAUUGAAUAACUGCUAAAUACUGAAAGCUUAGGAAGGCUUAAACAAAAAGAUUAUGUAUGAAUAACUCUACAGUAGUAAUAUAUCAUUUUUAAAACUUUAGUUAGGCAAUCAACUUGAUAAAAUCUUGACUCUGUUUAAGAAUGUUAGGUGACAACAUCUCUAGUAACGUAAAUUACUAGAGGUGUAAUUUACAUUACAUCUCUAGUUCUCUUGUUCUUUCACUAUCUACACGUUAGAUGAAGAUGAAGCUUCAAAGCUGCAGCUUCUCUCUGCAUAUUUGCUACAUCUCCCGUCGACAAACAGCAAAAUCAUGCAAAAAACUGAGACCAAAAACUGAGGAGAAAAUGAUUCCUUCUGUAUGCAUCCAAAGUUUGCCCUAAAAAAAAUUCCUAAAUCUUUAGCUCAUGUGUAAACACAGAAGUGAGCUAAAGAAACCUCAUUUCGGUAUGGAGUCAGGCAUGAUCAUAUAGCAAAAUCCAUCAGCUUCAGCAUUACUGUGGACAAUGACUGCAUUUGAGGAAAUUAUAUUUUCAUUUUCCUGUCAGUUGACGUUACGUAUGUCGAUGUUAUGUAAGUGAUUUACACAUGUUUGUCAAAUUUCUGGAACCUCACAAGAUCACACCUUUUGUGCCAGAUGCAGGUAAAAGCUUUGCUCUAGUGAAACUAUGCAACAGCAACCUUUAUGGAAACCUGUUGUGCCUCCUUCGUCAAUCCAAACAUUUGAGAUAGAAAAAUGUGAUAAGUGCCAGACAAGAUCAGAACACAGCAUGCCAGAGGCUUCCAGAAGCCUUUGGAGAAAACUCAGUAUUAAAACUGCAGUGUUUCUCAGUCACACGGCUCACAGAGAGAUUACAUCACACUCAACAAGUGUCAUUCCUCUGUCAACUGACUCUUACAUCCAUCUGCCAUUUUGAUUUACAUCAAUGGUUGGAUAAUUUUUUACAAGUGUUUCAACAUGACUAUGAUUCAUCCUUUGAAACAUUACUGUCUUGUCUUCAAGUAGAAAGACUUUAUUCUCAGGUGCUGUUGAGUAAAGAGCAAAGGAGGCUAGAUGGAUAAGACAGCCUGGUUAUCCCACAGCAUCAGGUUUUGCAGUUUCAGCUUACAUAACGACAGUCGACGAGCAGAUAAAGUCCAAAGUGACAUCAAGAGGCUGGUUUAAUUGAUGACUAUAAAUUAAGUUUUAUCAGUGUGUCCAUUUUUCAGGUCAGAUAUAGUUGCUUAGCACUUUGUAUGACAGAGUUGUUUAAAAGCAACUUGGAUCCAUGAGCGACAAGUGUUUGCUGUGUUUUGACUCCAAUAAAGUGUCAAUUUCCUUUCUUCAGUUAGCCAGCACAAAGGACUAAAAUGUUAAAACCCUACUUGAUGUCAACAGAAUUGUAAUGUUCAUAUGAUAAACACCACAUAAGCAUCAUAAUCAUAACCUUUGUGGUCAUCUGUGUAAUCAUAGCAAAUAUCUUUUCAGGAUUUCAUGACGCAGAGUGGACACUGCAGAGCUGUUUGCUUCCUUUGGGGAACUAUAGGACCUCAUUCAGCAGAACUUAUGAUUUUAUGGUUUGUUGGCAGUGAUGCCGUUGGAUCAGGAUACUGAUCAUUUCUAUUAUUUCAAUUAGCAGACUUGUGUCAGGUUAGGAGCUCAUUUCUGCCCAACCAGUCGAGAUGAGCGCUUUUUAUUCCUUCGCUACAUGGACAUGAAAUAUGUGAUGCCAUUACAGAAAAACCCUGAGUAUGAUUGGAAGCGACAACUCCAUUAGUGCUAAGCUGCUGCACAAUUUAUGAGUACAAAGUAUAAACUGUUACCUGGGUGCACUAUCCAGGGAUGCAUGUAAGACAAAGGUUAUCAUACAUUCGUGGAAACCUUAUACAACUCCAGUGGAAAAGGCAGUUUGACAAGCCUACAGUUGGACAGUCAUGCUGACUGAAACCAUAUUGGUUACACAUUUCAUGAUGAGCUCUGUGCUAAAGAUGUACUGACAGAAUUAGGAAAAAACUCAGUCACUAUAAAGCUGCACGGGAUGGGAAACCUUUAAAUAAACCUCGUAUUACAAACAAAAACUUUUAUAUAUUUUAGAGUGACUUCAUGUCUUAGACCAACAGAAAAUGGAACAAAAAUAACUUGUGGCUUAAAAUAUUUGGUAGAAAUAAAUAUAUAAAUGAUGCAGCCUGUUGUAGUCUGAAUCAGACACAAAUUACAUCUAUUAGCUAAUCACUUUUAGAAGUCAUUUAACUGAUAAGACUAAUCAGAAUAAACACUGAAUGUCCUGGCUUACAUGCAAAAGUUCAUGUGUGGUGCAAAACUAAAACUUUACGUCUGUGUAACCCAUAUAGUCAGUAUAAUAAUGAGGUGGCAGGCAGCAUCAUGCUGUGGGGAUGAUUUUCUUUCUUUGCUUUCCAGAGCUAAAGUAAAGAUGGAUAGAGAUGUGAAAUUAGUGUCCAGAUACGAAAAGCUAGUAAAGAUCCUAAAAUACCUGCAAUUGUGUCCACAUAUAAUUUUCCUUUCCUUUCAAAACUGCACACUACUUUCUGCACAACAUAAAAAUGCAAAAGUGCAUUGAUGUUUGUGUUUGUAAUGUGACGAAAAUUUGAGGGGUGUAAAGAAACAUCAGGGGUGAAAAUAAAUGUGGAAGUCACCGUUGUACCAAUUCACAAAACGUUUUCUCAGGGCAUACUGGAAUUGAAGAUUCAUCACUUUUCAGUCAAUGAAAUGUUUUCAAAUACAUUCAAAUAUAGUUUAAUUGCGUUUCAGUUCAUAAAAAAAGAGUUAGUGUUCAUAUUGCUCACUUUAUUCCAAUCAAAAAAUUCCUCCUAGACUGUUUUUUUCCACACCAGUCCCGUUUCGUCGUGCAGGUUGAUCUGAUAAGAUAUAAUCUGAUUUAAUGCCACUGAUACGGUACACUGUGUGCCAGUGUCAGAGUCACCUGGUGAUGAUGAUGAUGAUCCACAUUGUUUGGAUUUCUGCUGUGCUUCUAACAAGGGUUGUCACCAAAAGCAGAAAGGAAGGACAAAUGGAUGAAAGACCAACACCAAAUAGAGAACAACACAAGUGAAAGAAAAUUAUAAAAUUGCAUGAUCUCUCUUUUGUUUUUUGUAAAAUAAAAUCUUGAACUUUGCAGCAUGCAUUUGUUUUCAGUCCUGAAUAUUUUGACAAGCCUAUAUGGAAGUUAAGUGCAGCAGCUGAACACAAGAUAGACCUAAGAAAGAAGUAGCUUCUUAGAGGUUGAGGAAGGCUUAAAAGCACGUUUCAUUUCCAGUCGAUCAAUAAACUCAUGGUUAUGAUGGAAUGGUUUGACUCAGAACAUAUUUACCUGUUUGAGAGGCCUAGGUCUAUUUUUAAUUGCGAAUUUAUUCAAUGUAGAUUUAACAAACUAGGCGUACCUAUAAACUUAUUUUCUUCCACAUAUUACAAGGCUUGGUGUUUCUGAGAACUCAAAGGAAUGCCUUAAAUUUUAAGACACUUUUAAAUUCAAAUGAACACUUUUACAAGAUCGUAUAAAGAUGAAAAGGUGAUCUGCUCUGACUGCCACUGAGGAAGCAUGAUGAUUAGGUUUUUGGAUUUAUUAAGUUAAACAGUGGUCAGAUUAUUGCCACAUCAUCUUUAAAUGACUAAAAUGCUCUGUAAUUUAAGAGAGGAAAUCUCUGGUAUCAAUUGGAAUCUGCUAAUCUCUUUUGAUCAGGAAUCACAUGAGAUCAGCAAUCUGAAGCGCUGCAGCAUCGCUGCCCUACUUAACAUCAUAUCUGUUAUUUUUAAUCACCUGAUCACCUGGCAUGAUGCAAGUUAAGUACAAAUGAUGAUAAUGAAAUUAGGUACGCUACAAACAUGAAUUAGUCUAGACAUGAUGAAGCAUCUGGUGUUCAAAUGUUGGUGUAGGGGCCCCAAAAGCACUGGGUCGGCCUUGAGGCAGCCAUCUUUUCAAAUGUCACAAAGGACACACAGGACACAAAAUUAGAUGACGUUUUCUGAAUCAGUGCAUGAAUGUUUGUGCUCAAGGUUAGUUUUUCUGCAGUUUCUAACUCUACAACUGAUUUGUGUGAUAUGUUUCCUUUGGGCUAAUCAUUUGGGUCAAGAUGCUAUCUUUAAUCAUAUUUUUUAAAGUGUAGAGGAGAAUGUCAACACGUCAGCAGUGGCUUUCAAAGUAUGAGGUCAAGCACAAUAUCUAGAUGUGGAGUCAAAUGCUAACGCUCUCAAACAAGACAUAAAUCUUCAACAAUGUAAGAGAAAAAUGUCUUCAAAGUAUCUCAAAGCGAUUAAUAGGAUAGCUACUUUACGCUUCAUCAACUUCACUUAAAACAUUUUACGUUUACAUAAACUGAAACAAAUAAAAUUAAUUCAGGAGUUUCAAGUCUACUUACCAAGUAUUUAUUAUCUAGUCUCUAGAGCAAAUAGUACACUUGAAAUAAGACAAAACUAACUUACAAGUCAUUUUUCAGCCAGAUAUAGGAGCUUGUUUUAAGUCAGUAAUUUCUUAAUAUUAAAGAAAAAGUGCUAAUUGACUUUUAACACAGCAAAAAUCUCUUGUAAUAAGCGAAAUAAUCUGCCAGUAGAGCUGGUGCUUUGGUCUGUGCGUUACUGGUCAGUUUAGACAGACCAGUAAAGCUCAUCCUUGAAACAAAAAAAUAGGAGUGCAGCCAUAUGAAUUUAAAUGAUUAAGUUUAAUCUAAUAUCACCAGAUGACUUUUUCAAUGUACUAGUGAAUAUUCAAGGUCAGUUCUUUUCAUCUAUUUUUAUUAAAAUAGCUGUUUCUCUUUUAUCUACUGUUUUAAAAGAUAAACAAAAGCCACCAUUUAAGAUUUUUCUGCUGGUCAACGCAUUUGGUACAAUUCAAAGAUGCUUCUAACUUACAUUACUCCAAACGUAAUGACAUUUUUAGGAGCAUCGCUGCCAUCUACUGUUCAGAUACAGAAUGUUGUUUAUUUUUGACAGGGCUUCUGUGGUUCUGAUGUUUCAUAUGUUCUGAUGUGUCUCUGUAUCCAGUUACUCUGUGGUUCUGCUGCUUUCACAUAGAAAUGUUUCACAUCAUUUACAUUUCUGAUUUAAAUUAUUUAAUUUAGAAAAAUCCCAUCAAACCUGAAGUGAAGGGGAUUGGCUACAACUGCAUGUGAAAUAAGCAAAAUCUAACCCCAACCAGAACCAGCAUGUUUCUGAAGGAUGGUAAAUGCAGAUCAGUGUGAUAACAUCAAACACAGAAAAUAAAUAAAACCAACUUAAAAUCAGUAACAAUGUGCUGAACAUCUGUAAAUAAUAAAAUGUCCAAUGCAUUAAUGACACCUGAAGGAAAAGCCAUGAAAAGAUGGGCAAAUUAAACCAAUUUUAAAUAUUAUAAUUAAAAAUCACUCAAUUAAAGAAUUUGAUAUAAAAAUUUGUGUAGUGUCAAGAAGAAAUCUCAACAGUGAUGCUAAAAACAUUUUAAUACUGAAAGAAUAUAUGCAUGUGAUCAUAUUUACAUGUAAAUAUAUGUAGUUUUCUUUUAUAUUUUACAAUAAACAUUUGGUGUUGUACAAUGAAAGUCACUAAAGAAGAGUUGGAUUCAAAUUAGCUUUAUUCAGAGUGUCAAUAAUGAUAAUAAAUGAAACAGUUUGCUUCAUGAAAAAGGCUUGUAAAGCACAGGAACUUAAACUUUGGGCAGUUUUUGACAGAAAGAAAAAAACAAUGCAACAAAAAAAGGACAGAUGAACAAUGUGGGAAAAUCUGACUGGUGAAAAUGGAGUUCCCUUUCAAUUUUUUUCAAUUUUAAAUGUUUUUCCUAAGUAGCUUAGUUGAACAAUCUGUGCAGAUUUCAAGCAAUAAAAUCCUGAAAGGAUAUGAAGGGCAUUAUAUCAGUGCAAAAACAAAAUGUUUUACAGUUUCACUGCGAGCAUGGCGCUCUUACGUAACAGAAAGAUAUCUGAGCAAAACUGAACGAAAUCCUUUCAGCAAGUAGAAUCAGUGAGAGGACAAAAUAAUUGGUUGAAAUAUUAAAAAUCUUUACACAGAUUUAAACUGUGAUGAGAUGCUUUACAAAGUUUGAUCCAGUCACUUGUUUUUGUCUUAAUUUCUUCUACUUUGGAAACUUAUAACUUCACACUUUUAAAGACUUGACUUUUCUACAUUUCUAAAUAAAUUACUACAAAUCUAUUUGUACCCGUUGAAUAGUCGUCACAUGUUAUCUGUAGGCUCAACACUGAUUUUUGGAGUAACAUAAGCAUAAUGCAUUUGUAGGAUCUGGACUGAUUUCGAUCAGCUCCGUUUUGAAAAUGUUUGGACGGUUCCAAUGAUGUAAAAUCCUAGACUAAAAAACAGAUUACUUAAAGCACAGUAGAAAAAAAAAAUUGGUGUUUUUAUUUUGUUUCAAGAGAUUUCUAAAAAAAUAUCAGCUAUUGUGCUUUGUUGAAUAUUUUAAACCCAGUUUAGGAACCACUGGUUCAGUUUAAUCUGAAUUUAAUGCUGUCUGGAGACCAAACAGGGAGUUCAAUAAUAAUUCUUCACUAUGCAAAACCAAGAUACCCAUGGCUAAAAUGUUAAAUAUGUAAUUUGGCAAGUCAAAGACAAAAGCAUGGGAAUUUAAUAUAGAUAAAUGUCAAUUUGUUUUUGAAAAUGUAAGAAAGAAAAAGAGUAAGAUCAAGCUUUUUUUUUUCCUUAACUUAUCCAGAUCUGGAAAAUGCUACAAAGCAAUUUCAUACGUUUCAAGAACCUUUUGCACCACAGAACCCAUCAAUAACAGAGGUUUCAUCGAAUCGCCUUGUCCAAAAGGUACCAUUAGGAGGAGCAUUUCACCGAUAUCUUGAGUUGCCUUUGUGGGCAUAAAUGACACUCAGUAUUACGUAACUCCACUGUUUCUAACGUGUGAAACAAAAUGAAACCAUGAUAAACGUAACAGGAAAGUGAAUCUGAAGAAAGUACCUCUCUGGACAUGCAUCUGCCUUUAAACAACAUUUCAGAAAACAAAGAGUCACAUGUGAAGACUGUUAAUAAAUAACUACUUCCGAGGAGUGACGCAACCUCUGCGUUUUUUAGACUAAUAAACAACAAAUUAUCAAUAAGUAUCGACAGAUAAACACAGAUGCCUGAUAUCUCUAAUAUGCACAGUAGCCCUUGUAACACAACAUUCAUCAGCAAACGACCUCCUUUUGGUUGUCUAAAUAAGGAAAUAUGAAAAUAACAAAAAGAAAAAAAAA